AUGUGGUUAUUGCCAAUAUGUUUAUUGUUUAAUUGUGUUAAUGGCUAUUAUUGUAUGAAAUCAAUACAUGGUGAAAAAAGAGGAAUGUUGUCAUAUAAAUUGUAUAAAGUUAAUAAUAUCACUACUUCUAUUUAUGUUAAUUUAUGUGGACCAAUAGAAAAUCACCCAACAAGUAGUGUGUUAAUGGUUGGAAGAAAAGAAACUGAAUUAAAUGACCUUUUUAGUGAAGUGAUUAGUUAUAAUAAUACUCAGAUGAUUUUACACUAUACCUUAAAAGAUUCAAUUCCAGAUUGUGAGAUAUAUCAUUUACAAGUAAAUUAUCAAUGUAAUAAUACUUUAACAGAACCAAUUAUCACAAAUGUAGAUUAUGAUAUAAAUGAUCCAUUUUUCUGUUCUAAUAUAAUAAUAAUAUAUACUCCUGAUAUUUGCCAGUUGAUUAAAAAUAAAGGGAAAUGA